UCCCAGCGUCUUGGUGUAGGCAGCCCAGGCAGCACCUCGUAUCAGCCCUCGUAUUCCAAAUCAGCACCAGAAUACAAAUACGAGGCAGCCCCUUUCAUCUCCCAGACAAUGUGCAUCAGCAACGUUUCGAGAGAUCAUGGAAGUAGACGCAGACGCAAGACGCCUCAUCCCCUGGCGCAUCAAAUCCGGCUUCUUCACAGCAGACGAAAUCAUCGAGAUCGUCGCAGACUAUCUCAUCAACUCGCAUCGUGAUAAGACACUCUCCCAAGCGCAGGACGCAAUCCGCCCAAUCGUCGAACUCGAAUGGGCCAGCCAACUCGAACGGCAGAAAUCGUGGCCUGACGAGCCUACAAUUUCGGAGAAACUUUCCAAGGCCUUCUCCUCGCUUGAGCGGAUUCAUCGAAUCCUUGCCCGGAUGAACUUCGCCUGCUGCCAGAGAUGUGGGGUUUCCGAGCUUUCGGGCGAGAGCGAUGAGGAUACGCGGGGGUAUGUCUUCUUCCACGAGCAGGAUACCGAGAUCAUGGCUGGGGGUGGGGAUGUGUUGCUGUCCUAUGGGUCGUUUACGCAGUCGGAGGAGAGGACUCGAGCUGUUGGGGAUGUGAUUGCCAAGUCGUUGAGGCGGGCUGGGCUGAGCGUUGAGUGGGAGGGGGAUACGAAAAAGAGGAUGUUGGUUCACUGUGACGAGUGGAGGAGGAGGAUUAGGGAAGAUGGAGAGGUUGACUCGGAUUUCUCUGAUGAGAGUGACACGGCGGAGCCGGUUCGGACUUCUGAUGUUGAGGAGUGACCAGGCUGCCUUGCUACAGUGUAUUUCAUGUGUAGAAUCGCGGUGUUGUUUUCAUUGCAGCGAGCAGACAUGCACGGCGCUUACUUCCGGUGCUCGUAUGGAAAGGCCUGGUUGCUCUGGUAGCUAU